ACUAUAUAUGUAACUCGCACCGUUUACCUCUAGGGCUUUGCUUGAACACUUGCGGGGGACGUCUCAGAGCAAGUCCAAAUGGCCACUAUCCCUGAACCUCUCAUCUGGGAGAUUGUAAAGAAGAACAAUUCUUACCUUGUUAAGCAGUUUGGCAGCGGCACCAACAAGGUGGUGUUCAGCAGGGAGCCUAACAAUCUUUACAAUCUCAAUUCCUACAAGCACUCAGGCUUGGCAAACAAAAAGACAGUGGCCAUUCUGCCAGGAGAGAAGGACCUCAAUGUUGUCCUUGCCACUACUAAGACAAAGAAGCAGAAUAAGCCUGCAAACUUGCACAACAGAACGGAACUGAAAAAGGAAUUCUUCAAGAUGGCUAAAAUUGUCAAGAGUCAGGUUACAGAUAAUUACUACAGGCCAGAUCUAACCAAAGCAGCUCUUGCAAGGCUGAGCGCGGUUCAUCGCAGCCUUAAGGUUGCCAAGUUUGGUGUGAAGAAGAAGAGACAAGCUGCAAAAGCUAAGAACUAAAUCAGAUGGUGGUUAGUUGUCAUUUAGUUCUCUCUGCUUGUUUUGGUGUUCAAGUUAUCAAUGAAACAUUUGUAGUCUAUAAAGAUGAGUACUCUAUUUAGUGAUAAUGCCCAUUGUUGGAAUUUAUACUUUAUAUAUAUGUUCUAAAUUAUUUUCA